AAAUUUGCUUUAGGUGGCUUCUAAAGAAAAGAAAAAAAAAAACGGAAACAGAGGAAUAACAAUGGCAGGGAGAAUAAGCUGCUGUCUAAAUCUUCCUCCCCUACAUUCAAAUUCUGCACAAUCAUUACCUUCACUUCUCAAGACAACCUCAAAGAUCUCUUGUACGAGAACAGAGGAUGAGACAAAGCCACGGAAGAACAAGUCUUCUCUUGUCUUUGGCGUGGCGGCGACUGUAAUAAUCGUCGCAAUUCAGAUGAAUGAUGUGGCAUCGGUGAACGCGGCGGUUGUGAAAUCGCCGGUAGAAGAGAUGGCGGCGGGUGUGGUGCCGGCGCGGCGGUGGAGUGACAAGAGGACGUGCCCGCCUUGGCUUGGGAACUCGCUAGAGACUAUCGUACCGGAGAAUCUUCCCCGUCCGUCGGCUCAUCGACGUUUGGAGUUAGCCGGAUUAGCUAAGGGUGAUGCACCACCGGUUGGUGCGGUUGUGACACGUGUCAAUAGGGCUGGUUGCUUCUCCGUGUAAUUUGGAAGUUCAUUACGUGUAAGGGAGAUUAUUAGACAGGUGUAAAAAAGUCAAUUAGAAACAAAUAAUACACACAAAAAUUAUUGUAAAUAUAUUAAAUUAAAAUGUUUGUU